CUGGUCUGGUCUAAUCUAGAAAAUGAAUAAAGAAACACCCCGAGAAUGUUAAGUCCUUAGCUCUCUGUGGUUUUCUCAAACUUGUGACGGUUGAUUAUUUAAUCUAAUUUAUUUCAGUUAAACCACGAGGCAGGCAACGCUUUUGCUUGAGCAAUGUUUUAUUCAGUGUGUUAAAUUGUAAAUUCGUCGGUAAAUUCUCUAUUUUUGAGUUGUAUUAAAAGGGUUUUACGUUUAUGCUGCACAUUAGACACGCAUCCUCUCUCUGACCAGAAAACAAAACAGGCGUAAAAAAAAAAAAAAAAAAAAAAAUCGUUUACAGACGUACUGUGGCGCUCUUUUUGCGUUGAUACGUUUUCCUGUUGAGUUAGGUUUCAUUUUUCUCAGCAGACCACCACUGCGACGCUUCUUCAGAGUCCAGUCUGAAACCAAGUCAUGGCAGUCUCACAAACUACAAUCAUGACAACCCAGCGUGUCUCCUCUGGCACCUGGAGCACCGGCGUCUGCGACUGCUGCUCUGAUAUGAGCACUUGUUGCUGUGCCCUUUGGUGUUUCCCUUGUAUGCAGUGUCAGACUGUGUCUCAGUUUGGCUGGUGUUUCUGCAUGCCGUUGCUGGAUAGCUUCUGCAUGGUGGUGUCAUGCUGUCUCCGCCAGAAGAUGAGAGAGCAAUAUAGCAUUCAUGGCUCCUGCUGCGAUGAUUUCUGCACUCUCUGCUUCUGUUAUCCUUGCGCCUGGUGUCAGAUGUCUCGUGAAAUCAAGAUUCGGGCUCGUUCUGGGACUGUGGUCACCCAACAAAUUACACAUAGUUAGAGAUCUGUUUUGCUUUGAGUUAUGGUAGUAUGGGCAAAAAUGCAUGCAGGUGGUAAAAUCUGAUGCCCUCUGCCUAGUGGUGAUUCAUAAACAGUGCUUUGCAUGUUAUAUAUACUUGUCAUUAUGAUGUUCAAUUAUGAUGUUUAUAUAAUGCACAAACGUUUGUAACUCUCUUUUCACAGUUUUACAAGUUAAAAAGAAAUAAAAUAGGCACAGCACGUCAUGCAAGUGAUGUGAAAAACAGCGUAAAACAAUCAUCCUUAUUGCUUCGCUAUUUUAUGGGAUAAAUAAAACCUCUGUUUUAUUACAUUUUGUAUUAGCCGAAAAUCAUUCCAGUAAUAAAAUUAUAAUAUAGCAA